GCAGUGUGAGUGUGUGUCAGUCAGUGUGUGUUUGGCUUGCCUUUCUCAGACUCCAGUGACUGUAUCGGACACCAAGUGUAACAAGAUGAUUGAGCUGGGCCUCGCUGAUGGCAGCCUGAUCGACGAGCUGAUGGAGCUGACGGCGCAGAGCCUCGGUCAACUGGAGAUCCAGGAGCACUUCAACGUCGUCAAGGAGAUCGGCCGAGGCAAAUAUGGCAAAGUGCUGCUGGUCACACAUCGCUUCAGGGGGACUCCGAUGGCCUUGAAAGUGAUGCCCAAAACCUCGACUAAGCUGCAAGGCUUUCUGCGAGAGUACUGCAUCUCCUUGCACCUGUCCUGUCACCCCUGCAUCGUGGGCCUCUUUGGCAUUGCCUUCCAGUCUAAUGAGCACUACUGCUUUGCCCAGGAGCUUGUCAUUGGGAGGGACCUGUUUGCUGUCAUCCAGCCAAAGGUGGGCAUCCCAGAAUCUUCGGUAAAACGCUGCGUCCUCCAGAUCGCCAGUGCUUUGGAGUUCAUCCACAGCCACGGCCUGGUUCACCGUGAUGUCAAGCCUGAAAACAUCCUCCUGUUGGACAGUCACUGCUGCCAAGUCAAGCUGGCAGACUUUGGCCUGGCCCAGAAGCGAGGCACUCUGAUACGCUUCAUCACGGGAACCCUGCCCUACAUGGCCCCAGAGCUGUGCACCGUGGCCCUGCAGGAGGGCCAGAAAGAGGUGACCGCUCCUCCGCUUAGCGUGGAGCCGAGUCUGGACACCUGGGCCUUCGGGGUGGUUAUCUUCUGCAUCCUUACGGGAUACUUCCCCUGGGAACGCUGCGUGGACUCGGACGACUUCUACCAGGAGUUUGCGGACUGGUGCGGAAUGGAGGAGAGGCCUAAUACUGAGGAGGACGUUCCUCCUUUGUGGAAGAGGUUCACUCCAGAGGCCAUGGAGAUGUUUGGCAAGCUCCUGGCUCUGGAUGCAGGAAAGAGGAGUACAGUGGGGGAAGUGAGAGCGUAUGUGGAGAAGGACUGGCUUAAAAAGGUACAUGAGCAGCAGCAGACAGCAGAAAAAGAAAGUGACAGGGGCUUCGGGAAUAAUCCCAGACAUGGUGAGGUAGAGAAACAGCCUAAUACUUUAAUAUAA